GUCCAAUCUUUCGCAUUAUGUCUGCUGCAUGCUGAUCUGUCGUGUAGGCCACAAGGUUUCUGACAUUUUACCUCGUUUUUCUCCUCAUAGAAUUUGUUAACUGUUGGAGUACAAUGGACAAGAUAACCCUCUUGAGGUCAGUUUUGUGUUUGCAAUACCAUACAUCAAGACACAUCUUAGGUCAGAAGCCUAUCGUCAGAUGUAGCCACACAUUGACAAGGACUUUAACUUCCGUUAGAAAGCACAGCUUGAAUAGUGUAUCAUUGCCUUCCAGACGAUUAUCUAUCAAUGGACCGAAGAAUGUUGGAGAUUGUCACUUUCAUCAACGGCUCUGCGGACACAACAGAUCACUAUCUAUUACACACAAUGACUGUCUCUCAAUCAACCAGAGCUCUAGCAUUGGCUGGGUUCAACCUUCAAAUCAAUUUUCCAUCUCGUCUUCACAUCGUGAUACAACAAGUGGAAAAAAGGAUGAUGCUGAUGUACCAUCCUCUACAGAGGGCAGCAGAGAGGCUGACGAAGAGGUAGCUGCUUCGAAGGAGAGACAGGCAUCGGUAAGAACAUUACUUGAUGAAGCCAAGAGUGACAAGAAGAUUCCAGAUGAGUUUGACUUUGAUGGUGACCUAGGGACUAGUCCCGGUGAGAGGAAACAGCAGCCCAGUAAGCCUAGGAUCGAUCCUGCUGAGACAUCUGUUCUUCUGUUUCCAGGCCAAGGCUCUCAGUUUGUCGGAAUGGGGAGAGACUUGCUCAAGUAUCCAAACGUGGAAGAUAUGUUUGCGGUUGCAUCUGAAAUUCUUGGGUAUGAUCUACUUGCAUUAUGUCUGAACGGACCCGUUGAAGAACUCAAUCGAACCAUACACUGUCAGCCUGCUGUGGUGGUCACAUCACUAGCUGCUGUAGAGAAACUCAAAGAUGAACAACCAAAGGCAAUAGAGAACUGUGUAGCCACGGCAGGAUUCAGUGUAGGAGAGUUUGCUGCUCUGGUGUUUGGUGGAUCUAUCUCCUUCCAAGAUGCCAUAUACCUGAUCAAGGUACGAGCGGAAGCGAUGCAGCGUGCCUCCGAGGCCGUCUCCAGUGGGAUGAUAUCAGUCAUGGGAGGGAAGAAGGCAAGGUACAAGUAUGUUUGCAAGGAAGCCGAGAACCACUGCAGGAAUCGCCAUGGCAUCACUCAUCCUGUGUGCCGGGUAGCCAACUAUCUCUACCCCGAUGCUAGAGUGCUGGCAGGACACACAGAGGCUCUUUCCUUCAUCAAGGAGGAGUCCAAGUCAUUCUACCUACGAGCGGUCAAGCCCAUCCCGGUCAGCGGUGCCUUCCAUACAUCCCUCAUGUCCAGCGCUCAGCAGCCCAUUUCAAAAGCUCUGAAUGCAGUUACCAUAGAAACACCAGUCAUCUGCAUCCACUCCAACGUGGACGGUAAACCGUACGGCGGUCCAGCGCACAUCCGCAAGCAACUCAAGAAGCAGGUUGUGGAGCCAGUGUUGUGGGAACAGACCAUGCAUUGCAUCUACGAGAGAGGGAAAGGAACGCCGUUUCCGUUCACCUACGAGAUGGGACCUGGACGCCAGUUGGGAAGUAUGCUUAAAAGGAACAAUUUGAAGGCAUCUAAUUCCUGUACAAAUGUGAAAGUAUGAUGUGAACUACAUUAGUCAUUCUUAGGUGGUGAGAUCAUAAAGAAGCGCUUUUGUAUCCAGUUGAUGCCUUGUAUCGUUAAACAAGAGAAAGAUACAUUGUCAGUUCAUCUACCAGAUGAGAUCUGGAACCAGUUGGA